CACGCGCGUCUUGGCGUGCUAUUUGCUCGGGAGUCUUUCCAGUGUGAGUGCAAAGUGGCGCACUGGCCGGUACGCGCACUCUGCGCCCCCCAACCCUCGUCAUCAUCCGAGGAGGCAAUCUAUCUCAAGCACACACGCGCUCCCUCGUCCAGCCCGCACGCUGGCACGCCGGAGACGGAGCGCAGUCUUGUCGCCGCAGUCAAUCACCGUCACCGACCUGCACGGAUCCCGCGCGGCUCUCUCUUCUUUCUGGAGACAAUUGCAGCGCCCCUGAUAGGACCCCUCGGUCAUGUCAGUCUAGCUGCCCUGCGUGAUGCCGGAUCAUGACAGCGCCGUGCUCCUAACCAAACAGACCAAACGUAGACGUGUGGACAUCGGGGUGAAAAGGACCGUGGGUAGCAUCACCGGGAUCCUGCUUGACAGCAUGAACCCGUCGCACAGUCCUGACCGGGACGGGGAUUGCUCGCUGGUCGGUCGUGCCAAGGGUGGCAGCAACAGCGAUGGGGAGAAAUCCAACGUUCUUAGGAAGUUACUAAAAAGGGCCAACUCGUACGAGGACGCUAUGAUGCCUUUCCCGGGGGCGACUAUCAUCUCGCAGCUUCUAAAGAGCAACAUGGGGAAGAACGGCGGGAGUGACUCCGGCUUUCAGGGCAGUGGAGCUCUGUCCAGCGGUGGCUCAGAGAUUCAGGCUGAGGACGGCUGCAGCAACUCGUCCUCCCAGGACCGGGACAGCCCGUCUAACUGUCUCUCGCCAGGACCUCCUCCACCCUCUUUCGGACGGCCGCUACCUACUUCCAACCUCAGCUCCCAUGCUUCAGCUCAGCCGCUCUCCAUCUCCUCGUUCGACUUGGACAGGUUGUCAGACGAGCACCUUCGGGCGAAGCGAGCGCGGGUGGAAAAUAUAAUCCGUGGUAUGAGUCACUCGCCGCUGGUCCAGCCCAGCACCGGCGACCACAGCAAAGAAAGCAACCUCGACAAUGAGAGCUGCAGAAACGGUGGCAGUAACGAACACAGAGGCAACAGCCAUGGCCACAGCCGAAGUGACUGCACCGCUUCCCUUCUCAGCUCUCCAGGUUCACGUGCCGGUGGGGUUAGCGCCGGCGAGGUGUACCGGGAGAACAAAAGGAAGCAGCGCCUGCCUCAACAGCAACAAAGCUUCCCCCAGCUGGUGUGUUCCAGGCAGGAGCAGCGACAGGAGGAGAGGCGGCAGCUGAAACUGCAGCUGGAAGACAUGCAGAAACAACUGCGCCAACUCCAGGAGAAGUUCUACCAGAUCUAUGACUCUGAGACGGACGAAGAGGAGGAGAACCACGAGGGUGGUGAAGUGGACAGAGGUGGUGAGAGGGAUGAGGAUGGUAACUUGUCUGAGGACAGUAUCCGCUCUGAUGGCCUAGAAGAGAGGCACAGAGAGAGAGGGCGCCGCCGCCAUGAUGACCUGUCAGAGCUGGACCCGGGCCUGUUCCUGGACAGGGCCAGAGCCCUGCUGAGACAACAGGCCUUGAUGGAUGGAGAGAUGGAGGACGAUGUGGAGGGGAGGCCAGGGGAGGAGGAUGAGGAGAGGAAUGGGGGGAGGAUAUUGAAGAGGCGAGGGGGGAGACAGUUAGCGGAGACACUGAAGCAAGAGCUCAACUGUGCCGUCUCGCAGGUCGUUGACACUGUGGUCAAGGGUUUCUCAUCACCCAAGCAGGCCAUCAGCCACCAUCACGGCUGCCACAGUAGCACCCCGGCCGCCCCUUCCUCUUCUUCCAACUCAUCCUCUUCAGGUCCUCCGCUCUUUGGCCCUCUACCCCCCCUGACCCCGGAUUCCCGUUUUGGCGGUGGCACCCUGGCCCUAAGUCUUAACGGAGAUGGCAGCCCCACCUCUAACUACCACUCCUCCAAUCAGAGGCUUCACUGCUUCGGAGACAUCAUCGCUCCGAGCCCGCUGGAUUCAUUCAACGGUAUGAGCGGCAGAUUAAGCGGCGUGCCAACACCCAACGAUCAAACGGAGGCGUUGCCGCUGGUGGUGCGCAAGAGUGGUGGCAGCAGCGGCUGCGAAGAGAAUGGCAAUCCAUCUCUACCUCCUCCUCCACCUCACCACCCCUCUCUCCACCCUUCCCCCCUCACAGCCACUCUUGGCUUCAGCCCUCCGUCUUUUCGCCAUCCCUUUCCUCUCCCGCUCAUGGGCUACCCCUUUCAUAGCCCUCUAGGGUCGCACGGGGGAGUCGGGUACGCUGCGGGGCCCAAGGACCACCACCACAUUCGCUCCUCGCCAGAUUCCAUGGACAUGACCCGAGAAACUCUAAGCCUGAGAACCAAAAUGGCUACCCUUGGAGGAGGGCACCUUGGUCACCACCAUCACAGGCAGAGUUCCCCGAGCCAACAUGGGCCUGAAAGUUUGUCACUGGCUCUCAUCAAGUCCGAGUGUGGUGACCUGGUAGACAUGGCCGACACCUCACCUUACUCCAGCAGCACCAUCCAAGAGGGUUUGUCUCCCAACCACCUGAAGAAGGCCAAGUUGAUGUUCUUCUACACUCGCUAUCCAUCCUCCAACAUGCUCAAGAUGUUCUUCUCCGACGUCAAGUUUAACCGCUGCAUCACCUCCCAGCUGAUCAAGUGGUUCAGCAACUUCCGAGAGUUCUACUAUAUCCAGAUGGAGAAGUUUGCCCGGCAGGCCAUCAACGAGGGCGUGACUGCUGCCGAGGAGCUGACGGUGGGCCGCGAUGCAGAACUUUUCCGGGCGCUCAACAUGCACUACAACAAAGCCAAUGACUUUGAGGUGCCUGAUCGAUUUCUGGAGGUGGCUCAGGUGACUCUCCGCGAGUUCUUCAACGCCAUCGUGGCCGGCAAAGAUGCCGACCCGUCGUGGAAAAAGGCAAUCUACAAGGUCAUCUGCAAACUCGACAGUGAAGUCCCUGACACCUUCAAGUCCCCAAACUGCCUCCAGGAACUCCUGCACGACUGACAAGGACAAGACGGGAAUACCUGGCCUGCUCCCCCAGAACCAAACUCUUCUAAAAGUUUGUUCUGGACCAAGAAGUACAAUAUUAGUUUGGGGGUCCCCAGAAACAAAUAAGAGUUGAACUUACAGAUGCUCCUCUUCCUCGGCCACCUUUUCCACGCAUGUUCUUCAUCCUUUUGCAGACAGUGGAUGGAGCCGACUAGAAAUAAAGAAGAUAAUAUAUAAAGAUCUUUUUAUUGUGGAUGUUUUGAAGUGUCAUGGACAUUUAUGAGGAGUUAAAAAAAACUGAUGUUUCUGUAUUUUUGCUUUCUAUCCUCACAUGCACGCUGACACACACUUCCUAGUUAGCAAAGCUACGUAGCAUUCCCACAAGAUCUCUGUUCAUUUCAGUGUGGCAAGACUUGCUGUGUUCCAUUCAGCCUACCCCCCCCACUGGGUUGCACUUGGGCACCCCCACCCCCAGCGUCUACGGGCUUUAUCUGAUAAUAGAUGGAAUAUGUGCUUGCUUCUAAACUGUUUGUUUUCUUUGUGUUUGCACCUUCAUUUAUUUGUCUUUACCCACGUGAACAUUAAAAAAUAAGAGACAUGACACAGGAUUCUACAAUCAAGAGACCCGUGGGCAUUGAGGUUUUUCUCCACAUAGAUACUUAUCGGAAUCAAAGAUGAUUCAUUCACCACAACAAUCAUUCCUGUUCCUGCUGGUCCCGGACUUCAUCAGGGCAUCCUCCAACUAGACUUUUAACACUCCCCUCAUCUAGUGUCUUUUGGCAAAUUUCAAAUCACAUCACAGUUUUUACUAUUGGAAUUGGAGAGGGCCAAAACACUGAGACGGUCCGGCCAUCUGUGACGAUUUGUAGCUUGUAUAGAUGUGAUAACAACGUCGAUCACUCUGAUAUUGUUUAUUUAUUAUAACAAAUACAUAAGUAUUGGUCUUAAUGUUAUUCUGUUGGUAAUGACUCUUCAAGCUUGCUAAAGAUUUGACCGUCCAACACAGUGCAAGAUGAAAUAAAUUAUUCUUUGACAAAAAAACUGUCAAAAAGUGGAGUAUGUUGUAUUUUGUGGCGUGAACCGACAAGCCAAACGGUAACCAGGCAACGUGAUGUCCACUUU